AUGAAACUCUUAAUUCUUAUUAUUCUAAUAAUUUCCACUAGCAAUGGUUAUUUUACAGGAUGUCCUAUGGAUGGCUGCGAAAGCACACUAAGUGGCUUUGUUGACGUAGCUGUUGAUGGAUUUGAUGAAGAUGUAAAAUGGCGGCGUACUGACUUGCUAACAAUUUCAUCACGUGGUUGUGUAUCGAAUGGAUUAUCUUCGCUUAUAUGUGCUGUUGAUGUCGGAUAUGUAUCAAUAAAUAUAACGAACGGUCAACUACUCUGGAUCAUUCCUCUUGAAAUCCGAGGAAAAACAGAAACAGCAUCAUUACCUAUAGUUAAUUAUAAAGGAUUCUCGAUCAUUGCCAACAACACACAAUGUGCAUUAAUUGAUCCUCAGGGUGUUGCAAGAGGCAUAUUCAAUUAUGAACCAAUAUUGAUUCCUCCACUAGCAGGUCCAUUCGUGACAGAUGAUGGUCAAAUUAUUGUCGCCGAUUUAGUUUCUUUUGUAGGUAUAGAAGAUACUGGUCUUCCACUUGGUGUUCAAUCGUUGCCUCCUAACUUUUUUCGUCUAUCUCGAUCUAUGAGUCUUAACAGACAUGAUGCCAGAUGGUAUUUGAUUUCUCAGCACAAUAUUACUUAUUCUCGAGCAAUUAUUGCUACUGAGACAACUGGUAGUAUAGUGGAUCGAAUACGUAUUGCCUGGAUAUACGAAUAUGGUAUGCUACCAAAUUCGUGUAAUGGAAUGGAAGGACCAUUGCUAUCAAUGAAUCAAAAAUGGCUGUUUGUUGUUAAUACCACAGGAAUUCUAAUCAUUGCUGAUAAAGGUGACUCAGCAAGACGUUUUGACCUUGGUUAUGUGUCGCAGAUUGCUACAUUUGAACCCUUAACUCAACUGGCUUAUACAGAAACCAAUGACCAACAACUUUUUGUAACCAUCGCUCAUAAAGCUGUUGGCUUGGUCACAGUUCAACUUCUGACAUCGAAUCAAUGA